AUGUUAGGACUCACCCUUGUCGGAGAGAUUGUAAAGCAAGAGGCGGCAGUGGCGAAGGCUCAACCAAAUCCAGGCGACAAAGACAGCAGUUACACAAAUUCAAGCAAGCAUAACAUCUAUAUCUUCACAAUUAACGAGCAUUGUAUAGUGGCCAUGACACCCGAAACGUCAGAGGAACUCAUUGGGCUACUGGCCACUUUAGAAGGUGUUGCAAAUGAUUUCAGUACUGCAGAAAUUGCAGAAGUAAGUGCAACACUGACAUCCGUUAAUGAAGCAGAUACUUUGGUAAGUAGCGCGUCUGAGGCAAUCGAAGCUAAAGAGGUUGCGCAAAAUGAAAUAGCUCAGUUGGAACUACUUUUGACAACAAUUCAAGUUCUGGAAGAAAUGAUCACAGAGCUUUUCGUCGCAAUGGCGUCUGUGACAUCAACUGAAAUAAUCGAAACGACUGCUAUAACUGACACGGUAACUCUGAUCCAAAGCUUCCAAGUGCAGGCCUUUACAGAGGCACAAGUUUUGGACAUCAAAUCGUUCGAGACUGAAGCUACCCAACUACUUGAGCAACUUCAAGCUGGUACGGGGGUUUUAGAAGGUCUCGACAUCCUUCAAGCAGCAGUUGGUGAAUUAUCCAUAACAGCAUCUGCUGCACUUGACGAAAUGGUAUCCAAUCAAGCAAUAAACGAGAAUUUUGAUAUACUUUCUAAUGUGGAAACGCUCGUAGAACUGAUAAUCGAGAAAACAGAAAUCUUAAAGGAGUCUGCCACGGGAAGCGAUACAGCUGGAGAAGAGACAAUAUUACUUAUUAUUGAAUUCCUAAAAUCUUUCAGUAUUGCUAGUGUGACUGCGAAUACGGAAAUUCAACUGAAUGAAUUUGUAGCUAGCAUGACAAGCUUGGUAGAAGAAGGUACAGGUUCAUUUAGCAGUUUGGAUGAACUGUUAGCAGAAUCUAACGCAGUAAAGGAAGCUGUGUCUACGAAAUUAGCGGAAGCUAAAGUUGACAUGCAAGCACUUGAAAUCCUUGAAGAAAAGAAGACCAUCGCUGAACUUACUGCAGAGAUUUCCACUCAGUUGACUGAGCUUUCUGGAAAAAUUAACCCUGAAAGUAGCGCAGGUCCUAAUCCUGACUUAGAAGACACAAUAAAAAGCAUCAUAAUGGCAAUGCAACAAAUAUUAUCGGGGUCAAUGGAAACCACAACAGAACUACAGACACUACUGGGAGCAAUCAGUAGUCAAGUAAGCACAGUUGCAGAGAUAUCAGUUGUUGCAGGACUAGAACAGUCAAUAAUAAUAACUAGCAAUGCAGUCGAAUUUACAGAAUCUGAAGUAGAAAAUCUGGAAACAUCUUUUGAUGAAACAAGAUCAUUAGCAACACUUGACAAAGCCCUGCAACUUUCAAAUGAUAUAAAAACCUUUAUAACCACUACUCUUACGCAAGAUGAAGGAGGUAAAAAUAGUGCUGCUAUAACACAGCUUCAAGGAGAACUGAGUAAGUGGCAACAAGUACAAUUGAUUAAAGAAGAAUCAAUACAAACAGUUCUUGGAUUCUUUGAAUCUGUGAAAGUUCUGUCAACGGAGUUUGGUUAUGCUGGCUUAACUGAACUUACUGGAACUAUUGAUUCUGUCCAAGAAGCGAUAAAUGGAGAAAUAACAGCAACUAUGGAAGCUAAAGAAGAAUCAAAAGCAUCCGCAACAAUUGAAUCUGCACAAACCUUGAUAACAGAGAGUAAAACUACACUGUUGCAAUUACAGGAGAUAACUGAUGGUUUUACAGAAGAAGUGGCAUCUGAAGAAGUAAACAGUUGCAUUGAUAUGUUUAACCAGCUGAUUUCCGACGGUGUAUCUGAAGGUCUUGUCAGCGAGCUUGAAACUGCACUCGAGGAACUGAAAGUUUUUGUAACUAGCUUUGACGCCAGUUCCGAAGUGGGCGUACUACGUCUGCAGGAGUCCAUAGAUCUUGCUACAGAAGCCAAGGAGUCAAUUGACAGACUAAUUGAUCAAGCUGCAGCAGAGGAAGACAAUGACGUUGUGCUUCUCACAGAUGCUCAGUUGCAGGUGACAGAAUUACUUUCUCUUCUCGGGCAACUAAGUGCAGGAGAGACUGAAGAAAAAAAUAAUGGAAUUGAUGAAGUAAAAGAAUUAAUUGUAGAAUUAAAAGAAAAUGUAGGGGCAAUAUCAGAGGAAACUAUUCAGAUGUUGAUAACAAUGAAUGCAAAAAUAUUAAACAUAGUUACAUUAAAAGAGGAUGCAGUAACCAUAACUGGAUUCUCAAGUACAUUACAAGAAGUAACUGAGGAGACAUCCGAACUACAGUCCAUUAUUGAAGAAGCUCUUGCUGAAGAACAGGGGUUGGCUGAUAUGUUAGGUUUGGCGUCUGUUAUAGAAAAUGGAAAAGUUGAAGUUGAAAAAAUUGUAGAAAUUACAAUAAGCAUCCAAGAGUUUGUAACAAUCGGCACAGAUAAUACGGAAACCAUAAACGGUUUUACGGCGACACUUGAUGGUAUCACAGACGUGUUGCUUGUCACUCCAGUAACCGUCCAAGAACUAAAGGAUAUUGUGAAAGAACUUAAAACUAUUAAAGAAAGUAACACAAAGCCUGAUAAUAUCGAUGCUUUAAAGAUGGCUGCUGAAGACGUAGCAGAAGCAUUUGAAGAGUCUUCGUCUGCAAUCCAAUCUGAAAUCGCAAGUAAACAAACCAUUAAGAUAACAAAAAUAGUGGAGAAAACACUGGAGGAUAUAAAAAUGAGCUUUAGUGAACUCAUCGAUAGCUUUACUGCUGAGCAGCUAAUUGGUGAAGAUAUUGAAGAACUCAAUAAAAUAACUGAAAUUGCCAAGAUUAUCAGUUCAAACACAGAUUCAGCAACUAAAGAAGAUGUUGCUUUGCUGCAGGAAACCUUUGCUGCUGCUCAAGAGAAAUUGAGUCUUCUCAGCGGUGAGCAGGGUGUCGGUAAUCUUGUGGCUACCCUGACUGCUGUGGAAAAAGCAACAGAAUCUUCAAUGAAAAGACUCUCAGAAUUAGAAGAUUUGAAAGAAAUUGAAAUGGAGGAACAGAGUCUAGAGAAAAUAUCCUUAUUACUUCAAGAAGUUAAGACUGAAAUUGAUUCCAAAAUUACAGCAAUUGGAGAUAUAACUACGACUGACUCAAAUGAAGAAGUUGCAGAAAUAAAAGGGCUCAAAGAAAUAAUGGAAGAAUAUAUCUCCAAGGUCUUUGAAAAGACUGAUACCGAUCUUCAGACCACCUUAGAUCAAUUCAAGGGUAUUACAGUCACAGCAGGCCAGGAAAUAUCAGGAUUAUUUGACUUACAAUCUAUGACAUUGCAAGCAACUGCUGUUGUUGAGGAAGAGCAACAAUUCAUUAUGACAGCAAAGGACAGUCUCAAUGAAAAGACCAUUUUAAGCCAAGCGUCAACAGAACUAACGGCCCUUCAACUGGAGUUUACAUCCCUGAAGACCUUCUUUGAAGGUAAUCAGGAGGAACAAGCUACGCUGUUUAUUAUGGAGGAUAUUAAAAUCCUUUUGAGCGAAAUGGAGUCAACAGAGGCCAUAACUUUUGAUACAGUAAAGGAAUUGAAAAGAUUAAACAAAGAGCUGACUGUGGCUUACACUUUGUCUAAUAUAGAUACAGGAAUAUUUGAAGAGGUAGAAACUCAGAUAUCGUCGAUAGCAGAGAAUAUAGAAGAAUCAUUGCAAGAAAUUGCAGUAACUUCUGAAGAGAGGGCAACUGUCACUACUCUGCAGGCCAGUAGCAAAGUCAUAUCAAAGGUAAAAUCUGUAUUCGAAUUAAUCAGUGUUGAUUCUGCUACUGAAGACAAUGCUGAUAUAGAAGCCUUUGUAGCACUGCUCACUGGUAUACAAGAAGUAGGCAGUGUAAAUGCUGUACAGCUCAAAGAAAUGAAACGUCUAGAAGAGGCAUUCACAAAAUUAGAAAGCAUUAGUGAGCAAGAUGUAACUCUAAAGGAUGACGCCUUGAAUCUGAUGGAGGAAGUUUCAGUUAUUAUCAGUGAAGAAUUAUCAUCGACUCAAACGGCAGUAACAAUUACAGCCAAGUCUGCUGUUCUGAACAAAGCAGCUGAUGCCAUGAAAUCUAUUGUCGACAUAACAUCUAAACUCAUAUCAGAAAUAGGUCUAGCUACAGAGGAAUCUCCAAAUGAAGAUGUUGCUAGCUUGAUUACUGCAAUCCAGGAAAUGUCAAUUACAUCUCUCACUAUUGAACAAAUAACUCAAAUAGAAACAUCAACUGAGAAGUUAAUGGCUAUCACAGUUACUGAGGGUAAUGGAAUCACAGAUUUGUUAGUUCUCAAAUCUGUAACAGAAACUAAGCUGCAAGAACUAUCUAGCAAUGAUGCCGUCCUGGGAAAAACAAAGAAGGAGACUACAAGCUUAAAAUUUGUUACAGCUGUUGAAACUGUUGUUAAAAAUCUCAAAAAGGAACUUACCGAUAUUCUGGACAAUUCUGAAGUAUCAGGUUCUGAUGUUAGUAGUGUUAUUACAGAAAUAGCCGAUAUUCUUGUCGACGAUGUAGGUUCAAUGACAGUUCAAGAAGUCGAGGAAUUAGAGGAGAAGUACAGUACCUUAGUACUUAUUAAAACAACAAUUACUGGAGGUGCCGAGGCUAUAUCUGAUGUUGUAAGCACCCUUUCAGUUUUGCAAGAAAGCGUCAUGGAAAAGAAAUCAGAGAUCGAAAAAGGUCAGCGAAAGAAUUCCCAAAUUGCCAUUUUUAUGGAAACUGAAAGCACUCUGACAAAAAUAUCAGAAAUGACAUCAAAUAUUUUGGAGAUUGGUGAAGAAACUGCAGAGAGUGAAGAAAACGAAGAUGUCUUAUCACUGAUCAAAAGUCUGACUAUGUUUGAAUCUAAUGUGCUUGGAAUAACAAAAACAACUUUGGGAGAAUUGAACUCAAAAAUGUCUGUAUUGCAGACUUUGGUUGCUCAAAAGAAAGUUGUUAAAGGUAUAACACAGCUUUCAGACUUGAGUUCCACAGUCCAGAGUACAGUUGCAGGCGAAAUUAGUAUGAUUGUUGCGGAUAAUACGAAAAAAGAUGCCAUUGAAAUUAAACAGAAAUAUCAGGAAUCUGUCAUAAGUCUUAAGCAAGUGUUUGAAGAUAUUCUAGUAGCUGUGGGUGAUGGAAGUGAUGGCGAAAGUAUAGAGUCAGAAGAAAUAACACAAGCAACAACUAUUCUUAAAAAAAUAAGCGACUCUUCUGCUACAGAAAAAGAACUACAGACAUUGGAUGACCUUAUAGUUGUCCUACAGGAGAGCACUUUUGAGCAGGGAACGAUCAUAACUAACUUAGAAAGUGCCAUUACUCUUGUCAAUGACAUAGAUGAAUCACUGGCAGGAGGUCUUACAGAAGACGUCUUUGAUUUAUCAUAUGCUGAUGAGUUAUUCACCAAGAAAGAGGAGGUUGCUUUACUUUCACAAGCUGAAUCCAUGUUAACGUCUACAUUAACCGAAGGAGCGGAUAUAAGUGACGAAGCAUUUGACACAAUAUUAGAAAGCAUGAAGGAAAUUAAAGAACAGGCAUCCAGCAUCAUGAGUUCAUCUUUCAGCACCUCUCUUGACAAACUUGUAACUGGAAGUGCAGACAUGACGAAAGAAAAGAAAGUUGAAGGGCUAAAGACUUUGCAGCGAAUGUUAAGUUCUGCCAUAGUUACACAGUCAUUAAGUAUUUCUCAAGGUUCAGCUUCCGAGUCUAGUGGAGCUACAUUUGAACUGAUCAAAAAAGCAGAAGAAAAACUUUCAGGCAUUGAAGUUCUUCUUGCCAGUAUAAAAGAGAAAGUCAGUGCAAGUGGUGGUUCUGGUACAUCCAUGGAGCUUGUUGAAUUUACAAAUUUCCGAAGCUUCUUACAAGGAGGAGCAUAUGAUUCCGAGGACAUUGCUUUCAUGACGUCAUUCUCAGAAGUUUUAACCAGUGUAAUUAGUAAACUUGAAGAAGGGGAAGUUUCAGAAAUAAUGAUGCUCGAUGACCUAAUGAUAGCAGUGAAGGAGGAAAAGGCAAUUGUUUCCAAUGAAGUUAUAACAGCAAAGCGAAAUGUUAUUAAAGAAAAGCAGAGUGUGUAUUCUGAAGCUGCAUGCAAAACAAUAAGGAAUAAUUAUCAGUCAGUCCUAAGUUUAGCAGCAGAAGCCUCGGGGGAUAUAAGUGAAAUUGCAGAAGUUACAGAGUUCUACUUUAAACUGCAAAAGAUUGAUAUAGCCACCAUGAGCGCCGUCGAAAUCAAGAUGAUAGAAGAAGGUAUGGCUAGCAUUAUUAGCAGUAUUUCCACAGCACCAGGCGGUGUUGCCUUCCUGAGCAAUAUAAUAGAGACAUUGACAUUCAUAGAUGUUAGAGGUGCAGAGGUUGUUGGGCGAAAGCAGGCAGUAGGAAACAACAAAAUCAUAGAAAAAUCACUUGGAAUGGCUGAGGAAACCUUACAGACUUCAUUAGAAGACCUUAUGAGUGUACAGGCAACAAUUGGAGUAUUGUCAGAGGAUGCAGAGUAUACUGAAGAUACAACUGUGACUGACGCAUAUAACUUGCUUGUCCAAUACUCUGCUGAUCUAAGACUUGUUUUGGACUUUGGAGAUUUACUUGGAGCCAUAGACUUUAAGGCGAUAACUGGAACCAAAGGAACAGGUAUUAAAUACUUUAAUGAGCUAAUCAGUCUUACUACUCAAUACAUAACUGCCUCACAACAGUCCAAGGAAUUUGUUGCCCAAUCUGAAUCAGUUGAUCAGAGUUUCGAACUUGAAAGCUCCAUAACUCGAUGCAUGGAUGCCCUGGAAGGGUUUGCAUUUGGAGCCACAGGCAGUACUGGAGACACAGAGGAAACUACAGAUACAGGAGAGGAAGAUGAAGGAACGGGUGGAACUGGAGACACAGGAGAAAGUACCGAUACGGAAGGGGAAAAUGGAGGAGAAAGUGAAACUGGAGAUAUGGAUGGAGCACUUGACUCAUCACAAGACAGAUAG